AAAAAGGACGUGAGAAAUAAUUAUUAAUUAACUAAGCAACUAACUAAAAAAGAAAGACAUACCAACAACUUUUUUUUUUAAAAAAAAAAGUUCCUUCCAAAAAAAAAACCUUUGAACUUGUUAAUGGAGGUUAAGUCAACUUCAAACCUUCAUAUUACAGCUGCAAAUAUGCCACCAAAUACUCAAAAGACUUCAGAUAAUCUUAUGCGUAAUCAACAAUUAUUUCGUCAUCAUCACACUCAUCAUCAUCAAUCUCAUCAGCAGCAACAGCAAAUGAUUCAACAGCCCAUACACUUGCUCAACCGUAAAGGUUCUUCAGGUUCCAUUCAAUCUCGUUCUUGUAAAACGGAAGGUCAUGGUGUGUCCGCUACUGUUUGUGCAAACUGCGGAACUACCACGACACCAUUGUGGAGAAGAGCUCCAAGUGGAGAAACGAUUUGUAACGCUUGUGGUGAGGAUAAAUAUUAAAUUUUUUUUUCUUGAUUUUUUUGUUC